GACAUCCGGACAGUCUCCGGCCGCUCCUCCCCCGGACCUGUUAUGAAACUCUGGACUCUUUCUACCUCACCCCGCUAGUGUGUCCUCCGGCCCGAGGGCCCUCCCCACAACUAUAAAGGUGGCAGCGCCGGCCGGUUGAGCUCACUUGCCGGACAGACCGGGUGGCAGAGGGACGCGGCCGUGGCGCGACCGCUCCGGGCUCCCCGACGCGCUCCAGCCGCAGCCCCGCGCUCUCCCCGCGCCGCCGCCCGCUGCCCUGCCCGAGCGCCCGCGCCGCUGCUCCCUGCUCCCGGCGGAAAGGACAAUGGAGGCGCGACGCGCGGGCCGCGUCCCCGCGCUGCUGCUGUGCCUGGGUUGCCAUCUUCUCCAAGCAGUUUUCGGCACCACCGUGAUUCCUUCAUGCAUCCCAGGAGAAUCCGAAGAUAACUGUACAGCUUUAGUUCAGACAGAAGACAAUCCACGUGUGGCUCAAGUGUCAAUAACAAAGUGUGGCUCUGACAUGAAUGGCUUCUGUUUGCAUGGACAGUGCAUCUACCUGGUGGACAUGAGUGAAAAUUAUUGCAGGUGUGAAGUGGGUUACACUGGGGUCCGCUGCGAGCACUUCUUUUUAACCGUCCAACAGCCCUUGAGCAAAGAAUAUGUCGCUUUGACUGUGAUUCUCGUUUUCUUGUUUCUCGUCAUCGUUGCCGGUUCCAUAUACUACUUCUGCAGAUGGUACAGAAAUCAAAAGAGUAAAGAACCAAAGAAGGAAUACGAAAGGGUGACGUCAGGGGAUCCGGCACUGCCACAAGUCUGAGUGCUGCCGUCCAGCUAUGGGCAGGGAUGCGCAGCGUGCCUGAUUAUGUUAAUAUUCCUAUUUUAUUAAUAAUAUUUAUGUUGGAUCAUGUGUUAAGUCAACAAUGGUGCAUUUGUAAUAUACUUGGAAAAGUUUUUUAUUUUUGUUUUAUUUUUGACAGACUAUUUGCUAAUGUAUAAUGUAUACAAAAUAUAUAAUAUGGAAAGAA